AUGAACUCCAAAAGAGAAGAUUCACCUGCAGAUGGAACAACAGGUGCUUCAAAGUUCUGAAGAAACAUUUGGGGGGGGGGGGGAGUUUGGCCCAGGGUCAAGGUGGGUGGGUUGCCAUGGGAACAGUAACCUGCCCUCCUUUGUGACAUCUCCUGCUUCUCACUUAAAAGCCACCAACUACAGUUGUCCAUUGUGGGUUAGUGAGGAGAGGUAGAGAGAGAGGUGGGAGUGCAGAAGGAGAUUUAGGAGAGGCUUUGGUUUUUCUUAUUUUGAUUUUGAUUUUCUCAUUUUGGCUGUUAUUUUAUUUAUUUGAUUCUUAAGAUCUGAUUUUAAUUGUUUUAAUUUUUAAUUUUUUUAAAAAAAUUUUUUGCCAAUCAGCCCUGCAGGGAGGCAGGGACUGUUUUAAUAGGAGGCGGAGGCAGCAGCAGCAAUGCGGUCAAUUCCAGAAAUUCAAGAGGAAGGCAGGAUCAGUGGACUUGUCCUUCGCGGGACAGAAUGGUAAGUUUGUGGGGCCCCAUCCUAUUCUUUGCUACAUUUCCUUCUCUCCAGAACAAUUCAUGUAGGUUCAUUAUCACAUGGUGUUGAUAAUGCCAAGGUUGCAAGCUCGGUCUUUGCAUGGGACGGCUGCACUGCCCGCCGAAUCAGUUAGUCUAUCUUCCCUAAAUGGGGGGGGGGGGCGGCUGAAGUGGUGACACCCCCCGCAAUGGCGAUUCCAGGGUCCCCUCUUAAAGGGGUUUUAUAUGGGACACAGGUGGCGCUGUGGGUUAAACAACAGAGCCUAGGAUUUGCUGAUCAGAAGGUCGGCGGUUCGAAUCCCCGCGACGGGGUGAGCUCCCGUUGCUCGGUCCCAGCUCCUGCCAACCUAGCAGUUCGAAAGCACAUCGAAGUGCAAGUAGAUAAAUAGGUACUGCUCCGGCGGGAAGGGAAACGGUGUUUCCGUGCGCUGCUGUGGUUCGCCAAAAGCGGCUUAGUGAUGCUGGCCACAUGACCCAGAAGCUGUACGCCGGCUCCUUCGGCCAAUAAAGUGAGAUGAGCGUCGCAACCCCAGAGUCGGCCACGACUGGACCUAAAGCUAAAGGUCCCUUUACCUUUAUAUGGGACUUACUGGCCAUACAUUGAAAGGUUGUCAGUGAAGCAGUUUCCAAGGUAAAACAAUGUAGGUGUUGUAUGUCGACAAGGCCUUGCUCCUGUCAGCAGUCACGCUGCAGCAUCCUGCACUAAUUGCAGCUUCCAGGUGAUGCACAAGGGAAGCCCCACAUACAGUGCAUGGCAGUAAUCCAGUCUUGAUGCAAUCAGGGCAUGAAUUAUGUUAGCCAGGCUCUCUCGGUCCUGGAAUGGCAGGAGCUGGUACCUCCUUUCUCUCCAAGCCCUGAAUGCUCUUGGCUGCCUCUUUGCGGCUGUUAUGAAGUCCUACAGUUCAUUCAACUGCAGAAAGAGGGAAGGAAUAGGUUAGGGUGGCAGCUCAGGGUAUAGGAUUUGUGGGGGAGUGGAAGCUAGUAAGAAAAAAAGUCAAAAGAGCCAGACUGCUGGAUCUGGCAGGAGGCCAAGGCAGCUGAUAGGACAGGGCUAGGGACAGUGGCCAACUAGAGGGCCACAUUCCCUUGUGAGCCACAUUCGGGGGCUGCAGGCCAAGAUUGGCCCCCAAGCCCUGGGGUUUGCAAUCCCUGUAGUAGGAGUGUAGAAGCAGGGGAAUCAAGGAGAAGAUUAUUGCAACAAUCUUGGAAGCUGCAAAGGGACGAACUAACCUGUCCCCAUGUCCUUCUCUUGUUGCAGUUGUGAGAAAGCUAUUCCAGACCUUCCCAGACCUUGAGGUUAGUACUGGGGGAAACAAAAGAGGGAGUGGAUCCCCCAGACCCUCUGCCUGCUGACUGUGGUCUUUGCCCCCAGUUCUGCAGACUCUGAAUACUUCCACCUCCACCCUCUAAAAGGCUCCCAAAGCACCUAAUGCAAAUAAUGUCCCUGGGGUGUCAGGAUGAUGCCAGAGGCAUGUCCUGCCUUCUUCCCCGGUGCUGCCCUUCUACCUCUGCCCAGGAGGCUGCAGGGCCCAUGGAGGUCCUCUGGCGCAAGGGACUGGGCCUUAGGGAGGCCAGUCUUUUCUGGCUUGGGCCUGCUUGUGGGCUCUCUUGCACCUGUCAAUGGUGGGUUUUGUAGUUUCACAAAAGGUGUCUGAUCCACCUUUCUCUUUCCCCUGCAGAAGGCAAUAGCCCGACACCGGUCCAGAAUUCGGCCAGCACCUGAAAAAGGUAAACAAAUCUCCACACCCCGGGGACUUUUCACUUAGUAGCGUUAUGGUUCAUGCCCGAAAAAGACCUCCCAGACCUUCUUGCUGUAUUUGCUGUGCCUUGCAGGCCUCAGUAGGCAGGGCCCUGACUGACUCCAACUACAAAAGCUGAGGUGGUUGAACCCUUGGGUUUGGGUAUUGUUUGGCAGGCUUAGUUGAGAGGGGCUGCUAAUUCAGUCUCUUUUUCAUUCUCUUCCAGAGGACAUAAUUGUAGAAGAUAUAGAAUGA